AUGCCUCCUGCAAAAUCCAUCUCGUUCGAGCUUCUCCUGGACGAGGGUUCGAAAACAAGAGCACGAAUCCCUCUCAGGGUUGUGCUGAACACCCAUGACAGCACGGAGUCCAUCAUCACGACGGUGAAGAACUUCUACGGGAUAUACGAUGGAAAUGGAGUGAGCUUUGAAGAUUCGUGGGGAAACACACUCAUUGCUUCGUAUGACAAUCUUGCCUCUGACUCGACUGUCUAUGUGCGGAUUGUGCCCUCUCCGCAGCCACCCUCCAUUGGCUAUACACAUGCAGCACAUGCAAUUGACAAUGGCUAUGAAUCAAGGCGUCGACCCAGCUUGGGAGAACCAUUUCAGAUGUUGCCGCCUUAUCUGAGGGAACCGUCCCACUCUCCCUCCCGACCUUCGUCGAGGCUGGCAAGGAAGCGCAGUACUUCUCCCACCCAAGGACGAGGGCGCAGAAGUGCAUCGCAACAGAAAGGACCACCGAAUGUGCCUAUCAGCCGCGGUUCCAGCGCCAAUGGAAGUUAUCAUGAAGACAAUGGUUACAGCGACAGCGAAGCCGGGCGCAGUUCGAUUUCGGGAUCCAAGAGAGCCAGAAGCGAGCAAUUUGCAAGUUCGGAUAUUAGUACUGCCAAUGUUUUGCAGGAUGGACGGCGUGGUCAGCCCAUCUUCGACAGCUCGACCCUUCCGCUCUUCGUCCCGCCGCAAGUCCCAGUGACUGCCUCACAGUCCUCCAUCUCGCCUCAGCGACGGUCACUACCACAAGAAGGGCCUUCUCCAUUUCGUCCACCGGCACAGAAGUUGUAUGGGCUACAACAACCUCCAGUGCUCUCGCCGCAGAGCCAUGGUCGGAUUUACAACAUGGACGCACCCGGCGAUCAAAGUGCAGGAGCUGGUGUCGCGACUCCGGUUUCUCAACAUCAUCAUCGCCUGCGACACAGGUCUUCCAUGCAGCCUGGUCCCACCGGGAGGCAAGGAUAUUCUGGAAGUGGUGUGCUUCCUACUCCAGACCCCACAGUCGCAAGUUGCAUUUCGGAUGAAGACGUCGCCCGCACCCUGAUCGCACUUGGUGACGCAUCCAACUACUCUCAUGGUCGGACCUCGAAUUCUACCAUAGAUGAAACUUUCAGCGGCGCGGGAGAUGCGGCUUCGUCGACAGGAGCAACCAGCGACAGCGAUGAGUACAGUGAUGCGGAAGGAGGCCUCCCGAAGCACAGGAGGUACCUUGAUAAUGAGGAUGAGGAGAAUGGGGACGAGGACUAUGACCAGGACAACACUCCUCGUGGCCAUGAUGAAUAUGAUGGUCCGCCCAAGACAAAGAAAAUCAAGACCAAGAUGCAUGAUGGGCCAACCAACGGCUAUCGACCACAGCCAACUUCAAUGAGGACUAACAAGUCGUCCAAAGUCCGCUCAAACACUCUGCCCAAGGCUGCCAAGCAGACAGUCCAGCCCGGGUUGAUGAAAGCCCCUUCUGCGCCUGCCUCAAGUGGACAGGCCAGAAAGUCAUCGGGUUCAAGCCUCAACUUUCAACACCAGCUCGCUGCUGAUGAGGAAGAUCUCUCAUCUAAACCUCGUUGUCAGCGUUGCCGAAAGAGCAAGAAGGGCUGUGAUCGUCAACGACCUUGUGGGAGGUGCAGGGAUGCCGGAAUCGGGCCAGAAGGCUGCAUCAGCGAAGAUGAAGGUAGUUCUCGCAAGGGACGAUACGGCAGGCACAUGGGAGUUCCGGUCAAGAAGAGUGACGAGCAAUCGGUGUCAGACGACGAAACAAACACGGCCUCGAACACUCUACUGGCCGAUGGUAUUGCUGUCCAUGGCAACCCGGAUAAGAACAAGAAGAGGAAGAGAUGA